UGCAAGUCAGUACGCUUUUCGUCUGAAAUAUUUUAAGGUUCUGUAAGCUCUUCAAUAAGAAGUUAUUUCCCUUUUGAGUUUGAGGUUUAAGUGAAACACAGUUUACAUUUAUUUAUUUGCGAGUUAACCAAGUUGCGUGUCUUUACCUACUAUCAGAGGGCGAACUGAGCAAUUACCACUCACAAAAGUUCCCAAAACAUCGGAUAAAAUUGCGCUUUUGUUUUGAAAAUAGAUUCCCUUGUUGUGACACAAUGGAUCUACUUCAAGCUCCCCGCCCCUUGGUGCAUCUCACUGAAUACUGGUUUAACGAGCGGAGUGCAGGUUACUGACCACCAGCUCAAUGGAAAGGAAAUCUUCAAGUGGAUUCUGGCUAGUGCUCACCACAGUUGUGAUAGUUUCUUUAGGCUUCCUCGCAGAAGACGUAGCAUCUCAACGAAGAGGUCGCACAAACUGCUCAGUAUCCACUCCGCCCAACACCAAGCAGCCUGGUAGUACCUGCUUCGGGAAAGCCACAUUCGCCCGGUGCAGUUGCAUAUAUACUGAAUUAGAGAUGAGCCUCUGUGCAGUAUGGAAACUAUCAAACAAGACCUCCAUAAGGGUAUUCAACCACUUCAUGAGAGAACAGACUAGUCGCCCUAAAGCGGCGCCCGUGACGGGAAGUUGCACAGGUUACACAAACAUUAUAAAUAACUUGUACGGAAGCGAUAACAGUGGUCUUAACUACCUCACGGACCAAGAGGCAAAGUUUUACGGCAUCGACAUGAGUUUCUGUGAAGAUAUGUCUCAGAACAACCACCAUGGUUGCAAUUACACUCUUGUACCGGUCACCAACUUCCACAACAACUCCGCCGAAAUGAUUUUUUUUUACGUGGGUUCCUUCUCAAACGUCUCCCACCACAUGAUAAUCGGUAAACACUACCAGAUGAGCGCGGAGAAGUGCCAAGGGCUUGGAAACGCGUCUGAGGAACAGCAAAUGGCUAUUACAAUGACCAGCACACAGAAAACGUGCAAUGGAAACCCGCCACGCAGUUCUGGUAUCAUAUUAUUUGCCUCGCCCAUACUGGAACAGAUGGUUUUCUUCUUCUGCGUGAUCAUCUAUCUCAAUUCUUUUCCAUAACGGAGUCCUUGACCUAUUAUAACACUUCAAUUUCACGAUAUUGAAACCUAAUCAUUCGCGUAUUUUUGGUGAAUGUAAUUGAAUACAGGAUAUAAGCUCACGCCGGAGACAUUUAUACUGAUGUUCCAAUCAGGAUGUUUUGUGCGUAAACAUAGGAGUUUCCUUAUGCCAACGAAUAGUCAUGGUCAAAGAUUCGACUCCUAUUGAAAGCAAUCGUAGUUUACUUGUAGCAGGAAUUCAAUAACUUUUUAGCUUCGUUAUCAGAAGAGUAAGAAGAAUGGACGAAAUGCAUGCCGUCACAAGAAGAAAAAUUAACCCUUUAAUUCCCAUGAGCGAUCAAGAUAGAAUUUCUCCUUACACUAUCAAUACAA